GUGACAACAUCAGUCCACGCCCACCGCACCCGGAAGUACUGCGGGUUUGAGGAUUUGUUUUGAUGUCAUCAUAACAAGUUAAAUCGUUGUUUUUUUCACAUCUUAUUUAGAGUUACUACGUUUGAAUGCUCCUUGGAUGCAAUAUUUUUCAGUCACGCCUUAUUUUAGUUCGAAAUUCGUGAUCGGGAAGUUCACGUUACGAGUAACUUGUUACAACUUAAGAAAGAAACGCAAAUCCUCGGAGGAACUGCUAACCAUAAUGAAUAACUGGUUAAAAUGAUUUGCCAUAUAACUUACCCGUUAAGCUGAACUCAGUUUUCAGCAUUUAAACCUCAGUCAUGGAUUGUACAGCUCUUGAACUCGAUGCUAUUAAAUUUGCCAAAUCAGCUGUACUGCAUGAUCAGAAGGGGAAAUACAAUGAAGCUGUUUUCUACUAUAAGGAGGCUGCCCAGGCUCUCAUCUAUGCAGGCAUGGCUGGAUCCAAUCUAGAGAGCAUCCAAGAUAAGGUGAACGAGUACCUGGACAGAGUACAGACCCUGCUCAGUGCCGUUCAAGCACAGAGCACUGACCCGCUGAAGAGUAAGCAUCAGCUGGAUCUGGAGAGGGCAUACUUCCUGGUGACACAGGCUUUUGAAGAAGAUGAGAAGGAAAACACAGAUGAGGCCAUUGAGCUCUAUACACAGGCUGUGGAGUUGUGUAUUCAAGCGUCCAAUGAGACGUCAGAUCAAGCACUGCAGGGGAAACUGAAGCAGCUUGCUCGGCAGGCUCUGGACAGGGCAGAGGGACUGAAAGACUCUCUUAGUAAACAGGCAAAUCAGGACAAGCCCGUCUUCUCAGCAUCCAAAGGCCCUGCUCAGGUGAGGCAGUUCUUUCCACUAGGCCCAGACUUCUCUCUUCAUGACAAAUCGCAGCCGGUCCGAGCAGUGCAGUCCAGUGAGCCAGGGGGUCAACGCUACACAGCGGAGGAAAUUGAGGUGCUCAGGAAGACCUCGAAGAUAAAUGGAAUCGAAUAUGUUCCAUUCAUGAGUGUUGACCUGAGGGAACGUUUUGCUUUUCCUGUUCCAUUCUCGGACAAAUGUGGAAAACUGGCUCUGUCGCCAAAGCAGAAAGCCAUAUUCUCACGCUGGGUUCGACCUGAUGACAUCUGCAAUAAUCCCACCAUGAUCUACACUGUGUCCAGCUUCAGCAUCAAGCAGACGGUUGUGUCAGAUUGUUCCUUCAUUGCCUCAUUGGCCAUCAGUGCAGCAUAUGAGAGACGCUACAACAAAAAGUUAAUCACAAGCAUCAUCUACCCACAGAACAGGAAAGGAGAGCCAGAGUAUAACCCUUGUGGGAAGUACAUGGUGAAACUGCACAUUAACGGCGUCCCGAGAAAGGUGAUUAUUGAUGAUUUCCUCCCGGUGGAUCGCAAUGGCGAGCUGCUUUGCUCCUACUCCAGUAAUCGCAAUGAACUUUGGGUUUCGCUCAUUGAGAAGGCUUACAUGAAGGUCAUGGGAGGAUACGAUUUCCCAGGCUCCAAUUCUAAUAUUGAUUUGCACGCUCUCACUGGCUGGAUCCCAGAACGUAUCGCUAUGCACUCAGACAAUCAAUCCUUUAACAAAGAUGACACUUUCCGCAUGCUUUACCAGAGGUUUCACAGAGGAGAUGUUCUCAUCACCACAGCAACAGGGGUCAUGACUGAGGAGGAGGGGGAGAAGUGGGGUUUAGUGCCCACCCAUGCAUACGCUGUCCUAGACAUCAGGGAACACAAGGGUAAACGCUUCCUCCAGCUGAAGAACCCAUGGAGCCAUCUCAGGUGGAAAGGGCGAUAUAGCGAACGCGACGAGAAGAACUGGACACCAGAUCUUCUCAAAUACCUCAAUUUUGACCCCAAAACGGCACAGAAGUUUGACAAUGGUGUAUUUUGGAUCAUCUGGGAAGACUUGUGCCAGUAUUACGAUGUCAUCUAUUUGAGCUGGAGUCCAGCACUGUUUAAAGAAUCCUCAUGCAUUCACAGUAGCUGGGACGGGAAACAGGGACCAGUGAAAGAUGCCUACAGCUUGGCCAAUAAUCCUCAGUACAAGCUGGAAGUGCAGUGUCCUCAAGGGGGCGCUGCAGUAUGGGUCCUACUCACCAGACACAUCACUGACAAGGAUGACUUUGCUCAAAACCGGGAGUUUAUUACAUUAGUAGUUUACAAGACCAAUGGAAAGAAAGUCUAUUAUCCAGCUGAACCUCCUCCCUACAUUGAUGGUAUCAGGAUCAACAGUCCUCACUACUUAACCAAGAUCAAGCUGACUGGUCCAGGAACUCACGCCUUCACACUGGUGGUCUCUCAGUAUGAGAAACAAAACACCAUCAACUACACAUUAAGGGUGUACUCGGUAUGCAAGUUUAAUUUCUCCAAAAUCCCAACACCCUUCACCCAGACCAAAAGAAUAAAUGGGCAGUGGAAGGGGGCCAGUGCUGGAGGUUGUGGAAACUAUAGAGAUACCUUCAAGAACAACCCCAUAUACCAGUUCAACAUGGACAAAGCAGGCCCUCUGCUAAUCGAACUCCGUGGCUCCAGGCAGUACAGCGUGGGCUUUGAGGUGGUGACCGUAUCUACUGCAGGGGAAUCUGGAUCAUCAGAAAAAAGAGGGAGUGGAGAUUACAGAUGCGGUUUCUGUUACAUGGAGGUUGAGAACUUGCCUGCCGGGAUUUACAAUGUCAUCCCCUCUACCUUCCUGCCCAAACAGGAAGGCCCGUUCUUCCUGGACUUCAGCAGUGCCACUCCACUGCGGGUCUCUCAGCUGCAAUAACAGUCCCAUUGCAUCGGCCCGCCGGAUUGUUCUGCAGCUAUGAGACCCUGAAGAAGCUUUAUACUCUCCUCUUAGUUCUGCAAUCCACAUUCAAAGAUGACAGUGUGUAUGUCCACUUGACCUGAAAUGACUGUUUUUCACUCAGGAGACUGCAAUAAAACAGGGAUGUAUAUUAA